UGACAAAACUAGUCAAAGAUGACAUUUCGGCAUUUCCUCUUCUACUAGCUCCACUUGCUGUUCCACGCCACAUAACUCUAUCAACAAACCACAACUUUCAUCAAGAAUACUCUUUUCCUUUCUCCAAUGGCAGAAGGAGUCCUCUUCUACGUUGCAGAAGGGAUCAUUGAAAGGUUAGGCUCCCUUUUUUUCCAAGAGAUUGCUUUGCUUUGGGGUGUCAAAGAUGACCUCCAAAAGCUGAAGGAGAAAGUUGCCCAACUCCAAGCUGUUCUUCUUGAUGCUGAGCAAAAACAAGCCAACAAUAAUGAAGUCAAAGUGUGGCUCCAAAGCGUAGAAGAUGCAGUUUAUGAAGCUGAUGACGUGGUCGAUGAGUUUUAUACUGAAGCUCAGUGGAGACAAAUGGUGCCCGGAAAUAAUAAAGUGUCAAAGCAGGUACGCAUCUUCUUCUCUAGCUCAAACCAGCUUGUUUUUGGGCUGAAGAUGGGUCAUAAGAUUAAAAAUAUCAACCUGAGGCUGCAUGUGAUUGCCUCAGACAGAAUGUUUAUUCAAUUAGAACAAGUGAACCACGAAGAUGCACGAUUUGUAAUAAGAGAGAGGGUCACCCACUCAUUUGUCCGCGAGGAUAAUAUAAUAGGGAGAGAUGAAGACAAAAGAGCAAUUAUUCAACUUUUGUUGGAUUUGGAUCCCAUCCCUACAAAGAAUGUCUCAUCGAUUUCCAUAGUUGGAUUUGGAGGAUUGGGAAAAACUACACUUGCUCAACUAGUUUUAAACGAUGAGAAGGUUGAGAAGCAUUUUGAGCUGAAAAUGUGGAUAUGUGUGUCAAAUGUAUUUGAGUUGGAUAUAAUUGUUAAGAAAAUCAUUCAAUCUGCAACUAAUGACAUAGCCAAAAGCCUUGAGAUUGAUCAGUUGCAAAAAGAACUGAGGAAAAUAAUAGAUGGGAAGAGAUACCUCCUUGUGUUGGACGAUGUGUGGAAUGAUAAUCGUGAAAAAUGGUUUGGCUUGCAAAACUUAUUGAUGGGCGGUGGAAAAGGUAGUAAAAUACUAAUAACUACUCGUAGUGAAAAAGUUGCAAAAAUAACAGACACAUCUAAACCAUAUAACUUAAGGGGUUUAAGUGAAGAGCAGUCUUGGUAUUUGUUUAAGAAAAUGGCAUUCCAAGAAGGAAAAGAGCCAGAGAGUUCAACCAUUAAGGCGAUUGGGGAGGAGAUUGCUAGAAAAUGUCAGGGGGUUCCUCUUGCUAUAAGGACCAUAGGACGGAUGUUGUACACUAGAGAUCCAGAAACUGAGUGGUCGGAUUUCAUGAAUAACAAGCUUUCAACAAUAAGGCAAGAAGAAAAUGAUAUUUUACCAACACUUCAGCUGAGUUAUGAUGUUCUCCCAUCACAUUUGAAACAUUGUUUUGCUUAUUGUAGUUUGUUCCCGCCUGAUUAUGAGAUUCCCGCAGAGAAUUUAAUUAGGUUGUGGGUGGCACAAGGGUUCGUUAAGUCUUCAAAUCCUAAUGAGUGCUUGGAAGAUGUUGGUUAUGAAUAUUAUAACGAACUAGUUUGGAGAUCUUUUUUCCAAGAAGAAGAAAAAGAUGAGUUUGGUAUAAUAAAAAGCUGUAAAAUGCAUGAUCUCAUGAAUGAACUUGCUGUUAAAGUGGCAGGGGAGGGAAGCACAAUAAUAGAUCGCAAUAAGACUAAUUUUGAUGCAAAACGUCUUCUUCAUGUAUCUUUCAAUUUUCAUGUUGAUUCGUUGGAAUGGAAAAUACCAACAUCCUUGCUGGAAUCAAAUAAGCUAAGGACUUUUCUUUUCCUAAGCCAAAAGGAGUGGGAGAUGUCAUUCCGUACAUCAUUUUGUGCUACAAUUGCUUCAAAUUUUAAGUCAUUGCGUAUGUUGAGUUUAAAUAAAUUGGGAAUUACAAAAUUGCCAAAAUGUCUUAGGAAACUGAAACAUUUAAGAUAUCUUGAUCUUAGUGGAAAUCCCAUUAAGAGACUUCCAAAUUGGAUAGUGAAACUUCAAAAUUUGGAAACACUAGAUCUCAAUUGUUGUCGGGUGCUUGUGGAAUUGCCUAGAGAUAUUAAGAAAUUGAUCAACUUGAGGCAUCUCAUUUUGGCAAAUUGUGACAACUUGGCUUGGAUUCCUCGUGGAUUGGGUGAAUUGACUCAUGUUCGUACUUUGAAUACAUUUGUUUUGAGUGAAAACAAAUCCAUGUUGAGGGACGGUGCAGGGCUCAGUGAGUUGGGAAAGUUGAAGGAUUUAAGAGGAGAGUUGAAAAUCAUGAAUUUGAGGUGCGAGCAAGAUAUGGUGUCAGAAUUGAAUUAUGAUUGUGCAGUUUUGAAGGAGAAACGACAUCUCUAUUCGUUGACUUUAUAUUGGAUGCACAUUGAAAGAGAAAAUAAUGAUGCGGAGGAGAAUGAUGUAAUUAUUAAGUCAAUGGAAGCGCUGCAGCCCCAUUCGAGUCUAAAAGAGUUAGUCGUGAACAGAUACCCGGGUGUGAGGUUUGCGAGUUGGUUUCAUUCUCUCACAAAUAUUGUUAAUCUCAUAUUGUCUAACUGUGAUAGAUGCCAACAUCUUCCACCGUUGGAUCAUUUACCUUUUCUUAAGAGUCUUCAUCUUUUCGGGUUAAGGAAUUUGGAGCACAUAUCUGCAGAAGACAAGGUCAAGGACUUUGCCGGCGCCGGUGAUGUGAUGAUGAUGUCAGCUGCUUCUCCAUCGACGACCUUCUUUCCCUCCUUAGAGAGUCUUUAUCUAAGAAUAUGCCCUAAUCUCAAGGGAUGGUGGAGGAAUGAAACAGCUUCAGCUUCAGCUUCUUCAUUUCCUUGUCUUUCUUUUUUAUCUAUAUAUGGUUGUCCUAACCUAACUUCCAUGCCGCUGUACCCAAAUCUUGAUGAACUGUGGUUAGAGAAAAGCAGCUGGAAGGUCCUUUCCUCCUCCUUUGUUCCCUCUUACAAAUUAAAAUAUCUGGAGAUUAGGGGCGUUGAGGAUAUAGAAUAUGUGCCAGAAGAAGGGAUUGGAAACCUCACAUUACUUGAGAAGCUUGAAAUUAAAGAUUGUCCUAAUUUGGUAUCACUACCAGAUCAAGGGAUGGGUCGCCUCAUCUCCGUACAGAGACUGUAUAUUUCAAAUUGUCCUAAAUUGGCAUCACUACCAGAAGGGAUGGGCAACCUCAAAUCACUUCAGUUGCUUUGGAUAUGGGAUUGCCCUAAUUUGGCAUCACUCCCGGAAGGGCUUCGUUGCCUCGUCUCAUUAAAAAGGUUGAUAAUUGAUAGUUGCCCCAUCUUAAAGCAAAGAUGCCAGAAAGAAACAGAUUGAGGUUAUGAAUUUUAAGGGUUGGUUCAGUGGAGAUUGGAUCCCCACUAAAAACUCUUAUGGCUUGAUUGUGAUUGUGCAACAGCAGGUCACCAAAAAUGUGGUAGUGAUUAAAAGAAGAAACUGAUUAGGCAUCCUGGCUUCGAUCAUACAAGCGACUCAGUUGUACUUGUAACUCUCAAAUUUCCUUAUGGCUUUUGACAUCGUGAAAGCAGUUUGUAUUUUGUCAUGAUGGCUGAUAUUUAUGAAUUAAAUUUCAGAUUCAUCUGCCAAGAAUGAGGUUAAUUUCCUUCAGUAGUCAUCUUUUGGUUGUACUUUAGUUAAUGAUUGAGUGAUAAUUUGGUUGUUUAAAUUAAGAGAUGUUAACAUUCAUCUUGUUAAUUAAUCCAAUUAUCGUUUUCAUACAAAAAAAUAUGAAAACUCGUCAUGAACAA